UCCCUGGCUGUUGCUACCUUGCAGUUUAUGACAUGCAGAUAGAGGGAGGUCUGGUGAAGUGAACAAGGCAGCCGGAGAGCUGGUCCAUUCCCGUGGAAACCACGAAUCCCUGGGCACAGGCAGCUCUCCCUACUUUCCUGCGGGAUUUCUUUUGUGCGACUUUGAGAGGGGCUCAUGAAUGAUCUCUCAACGUGUGCCUGGCUCAGGCAAGCCGCCCAGGGAGGGAGUAACCCAGCUGAGUGGGGGCAGAGCCAGCAAACACAGACCGCGCAGCGCUGGAAGUGGUUCUACUCGUGCAUGCAGUUUUUGAAGUCAGCAAAACAGAAAUCAAAUUACUAUCCUAUUAUGCUGGUCGAUGCUCAAGAAGGGACUCUAUGCUCGCUUAAUUACCAUGAGAGAUGCGGCAAGUCACAGAACAGCAAAGUAUGUCUAACGUGGGGACCCUGAAGACAAAUGAUCACCUCGUUUCUUCCUGAAUCCUCAAAACUCUGCAACCUGUUAAAAAGUUCAUUCUGCUUUUUUGACCUUGCUUUGAAGGAAAAAAAAAAUGCAACCAACAAGACUCCCCUAACAUUGUGACGGAAAGAAACAGAAGAAGCCACUGCAGUUCCUCAACAACCAUUGUGAUCAUGAGGGAAAAAAGGCAACCCAAGGAGCCCAGCAUGUACACCAGCUUCCGUGUGACAGAGCGUGAGGACAGAAAGAUGAAUGGCGGGCUGAGGCUCUGACUUGUUAGUUUUCCUUUACUUCAGUUGCUACAAAUUCCGGCUUAGCAAUGGAUGUUCUUUUUGAAGAAAAUGCUUCCUUGAGCUCCACUACAAACUCCUUAGUGCAAUUACAUGACGACACAAGGCUCUACAAUAAUGACUUUAACAACGGAGAAGCUAACACUUCAGAUGCAUUUAACUGGACAGUGGACUCGGAAAAUCGAACCAACCUUUCCUGUGAGGGCUGCCUCUCACCACCCUGCUUCUCCUUACUUCAUCUCCAGGAAAAAAACUGGUCUGCUUUGUUGACAGCUGUAGUGAUUAUUCUAACCAUUGCUGGAAACAUACUCGUCAUCAUGGCAGUGUCCCUAGAGAAAAAGCUGCAGAACGCCACCAACUAUUUCCUGAUGUCACUUGCCAUAGCUGAUAUGCUGCUGGGUUUCCUUGUCAUGCCCGUGUCCAUGUUAACCAUCCUAUAUGGCUAUCGGUGGCCUCUACCUAGCAAACUCUGUGCUGUCUGGAUCUACCUGGACGUGCUCUUCUCCACGGCCUCCAUCAUGCACCUCUGUGCCAUCUCGCUGGAUCGCUACGUUGCCAUCCAGAAUCCCAUCCAUCACAGCCGAUUCAACUCCAGAACUAAGGCAUUCCUGAAAAUAAUUGCUGUUUGGACCAUAUCAGUGGGGAUAUCUAUGCCAAUACCAGUCUUUGGACUACAGGAUGAUUCCAAGGUCUUUAAGAAAGGGAGCUGCUUACUUGCUGACGACAAUUUUGUCCUGAUCGGCUCUUUUGUGUCAUUCUUCAUUCCCUUGACCAUCAUGGUGAUCACCUACUUUCUAACUAUCAAGUCACUCCAGAAAGAAGCUACUUUGUGUGUGAGUGAUCUUGGCACACGGGCCAAACUAGCUUCUUUCAGCUUCCUCCCUCAGAGUUCCCUGUCUUCAGAAAAACUCUUCCAGCGGUCAAUCCACAGGGAACCAGGGUCCUAUGGCAGAAGGACUAUGCAGUCCAUCAGCAAUGAGCAAAAGGCCUGCAAGGUGCUGGGCAUUGUCUUCUUUCUGUUUGUGGUGAUGUGGUGCCCAUUCUUCAUCACGAACAUAAUGGCCGUCAUCUGCAAAGAGUCUUGCAACGAGGAUAUCAUCGGAGCCCUGCUCAAUGUGUUUGUUUGGAUCGGUUACCUCUCCUCAGCGGUCAACCCACUUGUGUAUACACUGUUCAACAAGACCUACAGGUCGGCCUUUUCACGGUAUAUUCAGUGUCAGUACAAGGAAAAUAAAAAACCAUUGCAGUUAAUUUUAGUGAACACUAUACCGGCCUUGGCCUAUAAAUCUAGUCAACUCCAAAUGGGACAAAAAAAGAAUUCAAAGAAAGAUGCCAAGACCACAGAUAACGACUACAGUAUGGUUGCUCUAGGAAAACAACAUUCAGAAGAUGCUCCUACAGACAAUAUUAACACAGUGAAUGAAAAGGUUAGCUGUGUGUGAUAGACUGGUUGCCAUAGUAACCAUGGAGGGCACACUGGGCAAAUUUUUACCUAUCUGGGGGGAAAAAAAAGACAAAGGGGAGACUGGAAAAAAAAUUAGGCCGAUCUAGUAGAACCAACAAUAUUUAUAUGCCUCAUUUUAUUCUGUCAAUGAAAAAAAAAAAAGGCAGGGUUAAAAGACACAAAAUGUGCACUUCAAAAAUGUUCUGACAGCAUUUCAGCUGUGAGCUU